CACAACGUUUCCGGCAAAAUAUCACCUCUCUGUUACCAGCUAGGCUGUUCUCAACAGCGACAUGGCCUCAGCUCCAGCACAACAGCCCACCCUGACAGUUGAGCAGACCAGAGUGGUGCUGAGUGAGGUGAUCCAGGCCUUCUCCGUACCAGAAAACGCCGCCCGGAUGGAUGAGGCUCGAGAAAGUGCCUGCAACGACAUGGGAAAGAUGCUGCAGCUCGUGCUGCCGGUGGCCACGCAGAUUCAGCAGGAGGUUAUCAAAGCUUACGGAUUCAACAACGAAGGAGAGGGCGUUCUAAAAUUUGCCAGACUGGUGAAAAUGUAUGAAACCCAGGACCCUGAAAUUGCAGCCAUGUCGGCAAAACUCAAGUCUCUCCUCCUGCCGCCUCUGUCCACACCACCUAUAGGAGGCGCCAUUCCAGCUUCAUAACUUUCAUGGUUCCUUUCAUUUAUUAUUAAUGCUUUGAAUCUGUGCAACUGUUCUGUCAUUCUGACAUCAAGUCUGGAGUUUAUAGAAAAGUUAUUUUGAAACUACAGCUACAGCAUUACAAACAACCCACAUUAUGUACAUGAUGGUUUCUUGCUAAACUUGUUAAAUUAUUCCUUUUGAAAUGUUUCAGUAUGUUACAUAGCGACAAUUUCCUCAUGUUACUGAACCGUAAAACAUUAUUUUAAUGCCAUAUUUUACAUUAUUUUAAUUGUUUUUAUAUUCUGUCAAUUGUAUCAAUGUCUAUUUUUUGUUUUUGUCAUAGUGGGGUCCAAAAGUGUAUAUUAAUAUUAAACCAUUUUCUGUAAAUGUGUGUGUGGUAAUGAUGAAAAAAAUAAAUUAAAUUAUACAUAACUUUAUUAUUGCAAUAAGGCUUUGGCAGCAACAUCAUCAUACAUUUACCAUGUUUUAAAAAAAAUUACACACAUUUACAUAUAUACAUGUCCUCCAAGGCAACUCUCCUCAGCGUCUCAAAACAUCACAUUUACAGAAAAUAAAAUCUGUCCCCUUAUUUUUUUUUGUUUUAUACUUCUGGGUGCAUGCACACAUGAUGAUGCUGUAUCAUGGCAGACUAAAAAAGGCAAGUUAUUAGUCCAGAUAAAUAAAACAUCAAUGCCUCAGAUUCCGAAAUCAUUCACUUAAAAAUCAUAAAGUGCUCUGUACAAAAAUGAGGCAAAACGGUGCAAAACGGCACCAAAUGUGAAACAAAUUGUAAAAUACUUUGUGUCCUGUGCUUACUCACCCAGCACCUAUUUUAAAUUCUGUGCCACCACAAUGUAUGUAGAAAAAUUAAAACAUUUUGUUAUGUUUUUGUCA